AUGCCGGGUCAAAACAACAAGUCAUCGCAUCCAGCGAUCAACCUGGUCGCUGGCGGUACAGCCGGUCUUUUUGAGGCCCUGUGUUGCCAUCCGUUAGACACCAUCAAGGUUCGCAUGCAGAUUAAUUCACGAACCGCGGGCGGAAAGUCCAUGGGAUUUGUCGCGACAGGUCAUCAAAUAGCGUAUCAGGAAGGGCUGCUGGCCUUCUACAAGGGCCUAGGCGCGGUUGUGAUUGGAAUCAUCCCAAAAAUGGCCAUUCGCUUUACCUCAUACGAGUUCUUCCGAACGUUACUGGCAGACCGUUCCACGGGAGUUGUUUCAGUGGGUAACACGUUUGUCGCAGGCGUGGGAGCCGGAAUCACGGAAGCCGUUGCGGUCGUGAACCCGAUGGAGGUGGUCAAAAUUCGACUCCAGGCGCAGCAUGUUCAGUACGUGCCAUUGGUCGCAGAGGUAGCUGGGGCCACGGGUCCCGGUGGAGCCACGGGUCCUGCCACAGCCACCUUCUCUAGCAGUACCUACAGCUCAGGGCACUCCGCCACUGCAAACGUGAGGGCCACUGCCAAGUACAAAAAUGCGAUCCAGGCGACUUACGUGAUUAUUAAAGAAGAAGGGCCGCGUGCGCUGUACCGCGGGGUUUCCCUUACUGCUGCAAGACAGGCCACCAACCAAGGCGCGAAUUUCACCGUCUAUUCGACACUCAAACGCUCGUUACAGCAACGCCACCAGACCGAAAUGCUUCCACCGUGGGAAACUUCUCUAAUAGGUCUGAUCUCCGGAGCUGUAGGACCUUUCUCCAAUGCACCACUCGACACCAUCAAAACCAGGCUGCAAAAAGACAAGUCUACUACCAAGAGCUCAAGCUUUAGCCGGAUCGUCGCUAUCACUCAACAACUGAUAAGAGAGGAGGGGUUUCGCGCUCUAUAUAAAGGAAUAACGCCAAGAGUCAUGCGGGUCGCUCCAGGACAAGCCGUGACUUUUACCGUUUACGAGCUCAUCCGAAAACAGCUGGAAAGUAUGUGA